AUGUUCCUUUGGAGGUUAUGUGUCAAUGCCCUUCCCACCAGAGACAAUCUUUUCAAGCGCAUGAACAGUGUUGACACAUCUUGCGUGCUUUGUAAUGAGUCUGAAGAGAACCCAUGCCACCUUUUCCUUCACUGCCUUAUUGCCAAAGCACUAUGGUUCGCAGCGUGUUGGGAUUUUAAAGCAGAGGAAGUUGCUGUAGUGUCCACUGAAGAUAUUGUAAACAUGGUACUCGACCCCCCAAAUGUGUUAUGUAACUCCUGGGAGCAAUGGAAGGUCUCUCUAACCAUGGCCUCAACAUUAGAGGAAAUCUGGUACCUCAGAAAUUCUGUUCUGCACUCGAAGUCUCAACUGGAACUGCAUGUUUCUAUUCAGCUGAUUCAAAGAAGAUGUCAAGAAUACAUGGUUACAUGCCCUAUAUCCCCUUCCCAACCGGUGCCUCAUGAUCCGACACGUUGGGCUCCACCCCCACUUGGUUGCAUUAAACUCAACGUGGAUGCGGCCUUAUCGAGCUCUAAGGCAGCCGUAGCAGUUGUUGCAAGGGAAUGUUCUGGCGCUGUCUGUGGUGUUUGGGCCAAAACCAUCUCCCUCCGUUCACCGCUCCAAGCUGAAGCUGAAGCGAUCCUAUGGGCUGUCCAGAUUGCUUUAAAGGAAGGGUGGAGCUAUGUUUCAAUCGAAGGGGACUCUAAGACCUGUAUGGAGUAUCUAUCUCUGCUUAAGAUUGAUCUGGAGUGGUCCAUCCGAACCAUCAUCUCUAACGUGGUUGUGUUAGCAAAGUCUUUGGCUAAUUGUUCUUUUGUUUGGGUUAGAAGGUGUUGUAAUUCUGCAGCACAUGUAGCUGCUAAAUUUGCUUUAAGCUCCUUUUUGUCUUUUCUUGUCUUCAAGGAUUAUCUUCCCCCAGCGAUUUUAGCUGUUUGUAUGGAAGAGUCCAAACUGUGUUCCUAG